CGAGGUUUUAUGAACUGUCGGGAGAAAACGAAAGAAGCUUUUUCAGAGUUAAACAUAUUUCUUCAUUUCUUUAAUUUUCAGAUAAAUCAACAUAAAGAUUAUAAUGGUACACGUUGGAUUUACGUGUGCAAAAAACACACUCUGUGCCCUAAACGUGAUUUAUAUGAUGGUAGGCCUUUCUCUAAUUGGAGCAGCCGCCUGGGGAAAGGGCUUUGGAAUAGGAGUAUGUGUACAUGUCAUUGGUGCAGUGACAGCCAUAGGAGUCUUCCUGCUCCUCAUCUCCUUUAUAGGGCUUGUUGGGGCCCUCAAACACCACCAGAUUAUCCUCUUUUUUUACACGAUCUUCCUGCUUUUAGUGUUUCUCUUCCAGUUUGGCAUAUCCUGUUACUGCCUCACUUUUAGUAGAAAACAACAGGAGCAGCUGUUUGGCACAUAUUGGGGCUUGAUGAGCAAUAAGACGAGGAGGACUCUGGAGCAGCACCUGAACUGCUGUGGUCUGUUCAGAAGUGAACACAACAGAGAGGUGUUCAGCAUGGAUGCCAAGCUAUGUAUCGCUGCUUGUAAACUAACAGGGAACUGUUUCACAUGUGGGGACUUAAUGCUACAACAUGCUGGUGAAACCCUCAAAUUCCUCGGUGAAGUUGGGCUAUUCUUCAGCUUCUCAGAGAUCCUGGCUGUGUGGCUGGCCAUGCAUUUUAGAAACAAGAAAAACCCCUCAACUAUAAAAAACCCUCUGACUAUUGCAGACAAGUGUGCUACACAUGAACAAAGCACAAAGGGCAUUCCAGGUGAAUAACAUGCACCAAGUGGAAGCCAAGGUUUAUGUCACUGACAAAGUUCAAAUGACAAUGACAAUCAGAAUUUGGUGGGCAUUCACCCCAGAUCCCCCCACCCCACCUAGAACUUGUUUUGGCAGGUUGAUGGUAAAGUAGGUAAUGAAGGUAAAACAGGGAAUUAUGACUGCUCUUGAAUUACUACCACAGAUGAUUUCCUGGGAAUUUGAUUGCAGUCUGUAAUAUCUUGUUUAAAUGAUGAUACUUUGUACUAGUACAAAUUUUCAAUACAUUCUCAAUACAGUCUUAAAAAAUGUGUAAACAGUAGAAUCUCUUUCCAUGGUGUCACAACCUAACCUACAGCUGAGAACUGUGAGUAUAUUGUAGCUUCUCUGUUAAAAGUCAUAUCUUCAAGUGAAUCUUUUUCCCCCACAUUUGUUCAGUUACUGUGUGUGGCAUAUGCAUUUAGUUCUGGGCAUAAAACUAUUUUUUGAAUGCUCUUCAUGUUUUACCCCACAAGCAAACUUUGUGAGUAGCUGUGACGUCCAGGGUUGUUGGUGACAUCCCGAAGGUGUAUCUAACCAGUGUGUCACUCCCCAAUUUGUCCAUCUCACAAAAGAACACUGAUAUGUCUGUAAAAUACUUUCUUAUACAUCAUAAACUUGUAGUUUUAAGGUGAGAGACCUUAAUUUUAAAAAAGAUUACUAUAUAUAGGGGUUGCAAAGGAGUGAUUCUUAAAUAGCUAUUUCCAUUUUUGUUAUUUAGUUAGGAGGUGAUGUGCCAUAUUUUUUGUCCUUUGUCAUUACGAUACAUCUAUAUUCAUUUAUAAAUAAUACAUAGAAAUAAUGCAUAGGAUAAAGAUGGGAGAAAAUGUAUUCAUUAAUUUUUAACACCAUCUAACCAUGAGUAGAAUUACACAAACCAACCUGUGUAAAUGUAUGAAUAACUUGUAAUAUUCUGUGAUAAUCUAAGCAUGUAUAAUUCCAUGAGGAAAAUAUUACAUUAUUGUACGAAAACAUAAUGAAGUAUAAAAUGUAUGAAUAAAUGUUAUGGUAUUAA